UGGGUCAUACCCAGUGAUGCACAGGGGUUACUCCUGGCUCUGCACUCAAGAAUUAUCCCUGGCGGUGCUCAGGGAACCAUAUGUGAUGCUGGGAUUCAAACCCGGGUUGGCCGUGUGCAAGGCAAACACCCCACCCGCUUGUGCUAUCACUCCAGCCCUAGAAUCCUGUCCUUUUCACUCGAGCUGCGGGGCUGAUUGUCUAGUGGGUAGUGGGUAUGGCAGUUUGCUCUGCACACUGCCCUUCUGGUAUGAUUCCCAGCACCCCAAAUGGUCCCCCAGUAGAGCCAGGAGUGAUUCCUGAAUGGAGAUGAGCAGUAAGCCCUGAGCGUAGCUGGGUGUGACCCAGCAACAGGGACAAAAUUUCCACGCUAAGGACAUAGCACUUGUCCUGGGUGUGUGAGGCCCCGGCUCUGAUCUCCAGCACUGCAGGUAAAAGCAUCCAGGCUGUCCCAGUGGCUCAGAGAGGCGCAGCCCGACCCCUGACACGGCAGCAUGGAGAAGACCCAGGAUGUGACCCGGCCGCCGCUGGAGUACGUGAAGGGGGUCCCCCUGAUCAAGUACUUCGCAGAGGCGCUGGGGCCUCUGCAGAGCUUCCAAGCCAGGCCCGAUGACCUGCUCAUCAGCACCUACCCCAAAUCUGGCACCACCUGGGUGAGCGAGAUUCUGGACAUGAUCUACCAGGGUGGCGAUCUGGAGAAGUGCCGCCGGGCCCCCAUCGUUAUCCGGGUGCCUUUCCUCGAGUUCAAAUUGCCAGGGCUCCCCUCAGGGAUGGACACGCUCAAAGACACACCAGCCCCUCGACUCCUCAAGACGCACUUGCCCCUUAGCCUGCUCCCCCAGACCUUGCUAGACCAGAAGGUCAAGACUGUCUAUGUUGCCCGCAAUGCAAAGGACGUGGCCGUAUCCUUUUACAACUUCUACCGCAUGGGCAAGAUGCACCCAGACCCCGGCACCUGGGACAGCUUCCUGGAGAAGUUCAUGGCUGGGGAUGUGUCCUACGGGUCCUGGUACCAGCACGUGAAGGAGUGGAAGGAGCUGAGCCACACCCACCCGAUUCUCUAUCUCUUCUAUGAGGACAUGAAGGAGAACCCCAAAAGGGAGAUUCAGAAGAUCCUCGAGUUCCUGGGGCGCUCCCUGCCGGAAAAGACUGUGGAUUACAUCGUCGAGCAGACGUCCUUCAAGGAGAUGAAGAAGAACUCCAUGAGCAACUACAUCGACAUCCCCACUGAACUCAUGGACCACAGCAUCUCCCCCUUCAUGCGGAAAGGCAUUGCAGGGGACUGGAAAAACACCUUCACCGUGGCCCAGAACGAGCGCUUCGACGCCGACUAUGCCGAGAAAAUGGCCGGCUGUGGCCUUCACUUCCGCACGGAGCUCUGAGGGAGCCAGGCGGGGAGAGCCUGGGCGGGGUGCGGGGAAAGCCCAGUCCCUGCCAGAAUAAAGCACGGCUGUGCCAAGCGGAGCCCUGACUGGA